AUGGAUAACGGCGUAAAUUCGGAAAGCGAAUACAACACGGACGACGAAUUAGACGAACAUGCGUGCCCAGUAUGCAAGAGUCGUUUCAAAAAACCGAAAUUUCUACCUUGUCUACACACCGUGUGUAGAGACUGUUUGGUGAAGGUGUAUGGAGGGAGAAGAGGUCCUAUUAAUUGCCCAGUAUGUAGCGAGAAGGUGCCAAUACCAUCAAAUGGUGUAGAUGGAUUUCCAUAUAAUGUUUUGGAAAUCAGAAGGGAAAUACGAUCCGUGAGAGAAGGUCAAGAGAGUGAAGAAAUUAUGUGUCAGAAUUGCUCGGACGAAUCUUGCGCUGAAAGCUGGUGUCACCAAUGUUCGUUGUUUUUAUGUGAGAAGUGCAGCGACGCCCACAAACGACUGGCACCUUAUAACAGGCAUAUGCAGGAAACCCUUGCAGGCAUUCGUGAAAAAGAUGGCGGGCAAUUAAACGAAGCAAAGCGCGACAUAAUGUGUAGAAAACACAGAUUAACGAUCGAUAGGUUCUGCCGAAGGUGUAACAUCUCCAUCUGUCAAAAAUGCACGAUAAAAGAUCACCAUGGACACGAUACAAUACGAUUCGACAUGGCUGUCAAACACCACCGAGAGAACAUUUUGAAAAUCCAGCAUAUCAUGGAUAACAGAUCAAAGGCAUUGUCAAAACAGCAAAAUCACAUUUCUGAUGAGCGUAAUCAUUUAGAUUAUGACAAAGUUGUAGCCGAACGAAGACUAGAAAGGCUGUUCGACGAUUUAAGCCGUUCUCUUCAACAACAGAGAACUCGCAUGAAGGUUAAAUUGGAUGCCGCGUAUCGUUUGAAAGAGGAGAAUUUAGAGAAUAAAGAACGAGAAAUUGUGGAGACUUUAACGAAACUCGAUUUCGCUAGAGAUUUGACAAACGACAUCAUGCACGAAGCUAAUGAUACAGAGGUGGUUGCAAUGUUGGGCCAAGUAGAAGCACGGACUGCACUACUCGUUGAACGAAGAUUAGAAGUGAGCCCCACACAAAGUCGACGAGAGCCAUCCAUAGAGUUUGCAGAGGAUCGCACAAAAUAUGCUAUAUUUCAUGACAGUCUUUCCAAUGUUGCCGAUAUAAAAUCCAGCACUUAUAUUCCACCAACAGUAAUUGAACCUCUGGAAGGAACUGUGGUAUGUGGCCAGCGUUCCAAUGUUACCAUGGUGAGCUUCGGUGAAAACCCAAAGAUAGAUAAGUUAAACGUACAUGCAUUCCGAGCUGAACUUCGUGAUCCAGAUACUAUCGCAGUUCCAAAUCGACUACAGAGUACGAAAACCGGUACCUAUCUAUGCAGCUUUCGACCCCAAAUCAAAGGCGUUCAUCAAUUAAAUAUUAAAAUGAGUGGACGACACAUAAAAGGUAGUCCAAUGAAAUUUGAAGUGACUAGCAACAAUCCUAUGUUAACGGUGGGAGAUGGGAAAUUGUCUGAGCCGAAUGGAGUAGUUGUCAACCGACGGACUGGCACACUUUACGUAACAGAUUCACGUGAUAAGAAAGUGGUAACACUAAGUUUGGACGACCCUGAUGAUAUCAGUGAAUUCAAUUUACCGUUUGGGCAGCUGUAUGACAUCACAUUAGACCAUGAUGGUAACCUAGUCUUGUCGGAACAGGAAACCAACUCAGUUCAUAUCUAUAGUACAGAUGGAGAAAAACUCUUGACUGUUGAGAACGACCAAAUGCGAAAGCCCGUUGGCGUAGCCGUGGACAGGGAGAGUAACAUCCUUGUGGCUGACAACGAAGCUAACUGCAUAUUCGUCUUCGACCGACGCGGUGGACUUUUGCAGAGAAUCGGCAGUGGAGGCGAUAAACCAGAUCAGCUGAAAGAUAUCUCGUUCAUUGCACUUGAUCGAGCUGGAAAUAUUCACGUAUCUAACACGGGUCACCAGCGAAUUACUGUAUAUACUGGUAUUGGUAAUUUCCUACGUAAUAUAUCGGUUAGCGGUCACGGUCGUGGUAAACUUACCAAUCCUACCGGAAUCGCGUCCGCUUCUGGGCUUCUGUUUGUUGCUGACGACGCUGAUGACGUAAUUCAGAUCUACACGACAGAAGGAGCUUUUGUAGCGAAGCUUGACAGUGAAGACGACGUCCUCAGUGGUCCACAGGGUGUAAGCAUUACUGGAGAUGGUAGUAUUGCAGUAGUAGACAGAGGGAACCAAUGCGUUAAAAUGUACCAGUACAUAUAA